AUGCUUAUGGCAACUGCACUACUGUUCUCUCUUUUUCUCAAUCUCUAUGUGUGGUGCCCUUCUCUUUUGGUUUCUCUCUCUCUCUCUCUCUCUCUCUCUCUCUCUCUCUCUCUCUCUCUCUCUCUCUCUCUCUCUCUCUCUCUCUCUCACACACACACUCCCUCUCUCAUUCUUUUUACUUUUGGGGCGGACAUGCUGUCCACCAAGGGCUUUGAUGUCCUCCAUGCACGCAUGAAGGAUUCGAAGCAGUUCACAGAGGAUGUGAUUGGCUUCCUAAAACAGCGUGCCAGCAUCGAAGAAACCUAUGCCAAAGCCCUGAUGAAGUUGGCCAAAGGUGCUGGAGGUACCACCGAAUCCGGGACCAUGCGCAAGUGCUGGGAUGUUCUGGUGGGCGAGACACAUAAAAUUGGGGUCCAGCACUACGAAGUCUCCAAACACAUCUCCACCGACAUGGAGCAGACAAUUCAGAACCUGCGUAAUGCCCAACGCGAAUUUCGUAAAAAAAUUGAGGAGCCUCUGAAGAAGGCACAGAAACAAAAGGCACAGCGCUUUGCAGCCAAUGAGAAGGCGCAGCGCGCCUACAACACGCGCUGCCGCGAAGCCGAAAAGGCCAAGGAAGAUGUGGCUACUUCUGCUGCCCCGCCCAAAGAACUGGAGAAGCUACGCGCCAAAGAAAAGAAGGCCGUGACUGCUGCUGAGCAAGCCGACGCUGCAUAUCAGCAGGCCGUUGCAGCCUUGGAAGAGUCGCGUGUCUAUUGGGAGCGACAAAUGCAACUUGCUUUCGGAAGCUUGCGUGUCGGUAGAUAA